AAAUGGGGUAACGCUAUUAAGCACAAAAGUUAUUCUAUUAAGGGCUCACAGUAUGGUUCGAAUUUUAAGCGUAAUUGCAUUGUUUGUAACGGUUCUUGCUUUUGCAAAAGCUGUACCCAGCGGACGUGUUGUAGGUGGUACUGACGCCGAAGACGGACAAUUUAAAUAUCAAAUUUCCUUACAACAUUCUAAUGGUGCUCAUACCUGCGGCGGUUCCAUACUUAAUGAACGUUUUGUUUUAACGGCAGCUCAUUGUGUCCUGGUUGGCAAUGAAGUUCGUCCGCCAUCAUCUCUACAAAUACGUGCUGGUAGUGUCGAUUAUUCGGAAGGCGGUAAACUAUUGAAAAUUAAACGUAUAGUGGUGAAUGAAAAUUACGGCAAUUUCGUUCAUGAUUUGGCUUUACUGGAGCUUGAAGAACCAUUAGAGUUUUGCGAUCAUAUUCAACCCAUAGAAUUAGCCACAAAAGAAGUGCCUUCGGGAGGAGAUAUUAUUGUUUCUGGCUGGGGUCGUUUAUACAAUAAUGGUCCCAUACCGGAUCAUUUGCAAUGGACUACUUUAAAAGCUAUGACGACUGAGGAGUGUACACCCUACUUCGAGGAUUUGCAGCCUAAUAUUGAUGCCUUGAUUUGCUUAGCUCAUGGAUCUAAUCAUGGUGUAUGCAACGGUGACUCAGGUGGACCCGCUACCUAUAAGGGUAAAUUGGUGGGUGUGGCCAGUUUUGUUAUGAACGGCUGUGGUUCGGCGAAUCCCGACGGAUAUGCUAAAGUAUCUCAUCAUUACGAUUGGAUUAUUGAAAAUAUGAAAAAUUAUACUUAUGGUAAUGCGGUUGCCAGUGAAUUAUAUUCAAUUAUUGGAAUGAAGCUCAUAAUUGCAAUAAUAUUGACUUCGUUAUUAUUCGGGGAGAAUGCUAACGCCUCUCGCUUUCUACUACAGCCACGUAUAGUACUCGGUAGUAAUGCAAAUCCAGGACAGUUUCCUUUUAUGGUAUCAUUAAGAUAUGCUGAUGGUCACAUAUGUGGCGGUUCCAUAAUAUCUGCUAAUUAUAUAGUGACUGCUGCGCAUUGUGUUACAACUCAAAUUGACGGAGAAAACUUCGACACAACACCGGGUAUCCUUUCGGUUUACGCUGGUUCCAUACACAUUGAAAGAGAUGGUGUCGUUGUUGGUGUUUCUGAAUAUCGAACAUAUCCUGGUUACCGUGGCCUCAUGGGCGAUCUAGCUGUUGUUAAAUUGUCACAACCUUUAAAUUUUACCGAACACAUAAGACCUAUCAAUCUGGCCGAAUCGGAUCCACCAAACUAUUCGAAUGUCGAAAUUCUUGGUUGGGGUCGCUUAUAUCAGGAUGGACCGAAACCAGAUAUUUUACAGCACACCCUUUGUCCAGCCUACCUCAUAGCCAAUGUAAGGUGUAUAAUUCAUUUGCAUGAGUCUUUGUUGUGUUUAUUACCUCAGCGACGUAAUCCUAGCGGUGUUUGCAACAGCGAUUCGGGUGGACCUGCGGUGUAUAAUGGUCAAUUGGUAGGCAUUGCCAAUUUUGUCAAAGGCCGUUGCGGCUCACCCAAUCCUGAUGUCUUUGCCAAUAUCGCUUACUAUGCCGAUUGGAUUAAGGACAAUUCCGAUUUACAAAAUUCCGAUUCAGAAAAGUCUAACGUAGAAAAUGUCACCAAGGAAAACUUAACUUCCGAAUCCCGAGAUUCAGAAUUGUCUAACUUGGAAAAUGUACAUUCGGAGAUCACCACGAAACACGAAAAUUCCGAUUUCGAAUUGUCCAAUUUUGGCGAUAUGGACUCGGAAAACUUCAAUGCAUGAAAUCAACUAGAAAAUUCACAAUCGCCUAGUUGUGAAGGUUCACCCUUCGAUUACUUUAAAUAA